AAAGCAUCAUUUCCACGGCGGACGGACACCCCUUUUUCCUCGUACCCACUGCUCCUCUCUUUAAAAAUACGAUCUUUGUUGAAGAAAAGAAAACUCUCAAUUCUCACUCACUCUCUCUCUGGAAAAAAUAAACCCCAAAAAAUGUCCCUCUCGACGCGGCAGAGGCGAGCAACGCCGUCGGAUCUUCCUUCGUCGUCAUCUUCAUCACAACCGUCGAAACCAGAAUCAUACACGAAGGUGGACAAGCCAGGAAGAUCAUCAUCGGACGGCCAGGAAGAGUCGGGAAACGACCGCGGAUUUGGAUGGUUCACGGCGUUGUUUGCGUUGGGAAUGCUCCGGUACAUGAGCGCCACAUCGAAUAUAAUACACGACUGCGAUGAAGUGUUUAAUUAUUGGGAGCCUCUGCAUUAUCUUCUCUAUAAAUCCGGUUUCCAAACUUGGGAGUAUAGUUCUCAGUUUGCACUCCGGUCAUAUUUGUACAUUAUUUUCCAUGAGUUAGUGGGUCGACCAGCUUCCUGGCUGUUUGCGGAUGAAAAAGUGAGAGUGUUCUAUGCGGUGAGACUCUUUCUUGGUCUUCUAUCUGUUAUUUCAGAUGCCACUCUAGUAGUAGCAGUUUCCAGAAAGUAUGGAAAACGUCUUGCUUCUUAUGCACUUGCAAUGCUCUGCUUAGCUAGUGGUUGUUUCUUUGCCAGCACAAGUUUUCUGCCUAGUUCAUUCUCUAUGUAUGCCAUGAGCCUCUCAUCGGGAUUAUUUCUUCUUGAGAAACCUGCAUGGUCUGUUGCAGUUGCGGCUGUGGGAGUGAUCCUAGGUUGGCCAUUUUCAAUCUUGGCCUUUCUUCCAGUCACAUUAUACUCUUUAGCUAAACAAUUCAAACAAGCAUUUCUUUCUGGUGUUGUCACCUCAAUGUUCUUCUUGUAAGCACUCUCCAUACUUGUUGAUUAUUACUACUACGGACGAUGGACAUCAUCUGUUUUAAAUCUCUUACUCUAUAAUGUCAUAGGAGGUGGUGAGAGCCAUUUGUAUGGGACUGAGGGGCCACUUUUUUAUCUGAGGAAUGGGUUUAACAACUUCAACUUCUGUUUCAUCCUUGCUUUGCUUUUCCUGGGAAUUCUGCCAAUUGCAAGGAAAAAGUAUGCCCCAGACCUGCUUAUUGUGGUCUCUCCUCUUUAUAUAUGGCUGGCAUUUAUGUCUCUGCAGCCACACAAAGAAGAAAGAUUCCUUUACCCCAUAUACCCGCUUGUUUGUGUUGCGGCUUCAGCUGUCAUUGAGAGCUUUCCUGAUCUUUUUCGGGACAAAUACAAUCCCUACGAUAAUUCUAUUAUAGUUAUGAUAGCCAAAAUUCUCAGACCUGUGGCCCUCAGCCUCAUAUUAUGUGCCUCACAUGCACGUACAUUCUCAUUGAUCAAUGGUUAUGCUGCUCCUAUGGAGGUUUACAAAAUCUUGGAGCACCAUGCUGAUGCAGGAACUGGUUCUGUACUUUGUGUUGGAAGUGAGUGGCACCGCUUCCCGUCAUCAUUUUUUGUUCCUAAUUAUGUUGGUGAAGUGAGAUGGGUUGAUGACGGAUUUCGAGGUCUUCUUCCAUUCCCUUUCAAUGCUACUUUGGGCGGGACUUCAGCAGCACCACCAUACUUCAACAAUAAAAACAGGGCAUCAGAUGAGCAAUAUCUCCAGGAUCUUCAAGCUUGUACAUUCCUGGUCGAGCUACAGCUCAGCCGACCUUUCCCUUAUCGUGGAAAUGACUUGUCAACAUGGGAGCCUAUUGCAGCACUCCCUUACUUGGACAGGGAGCUCUCACCUGCCAAGUAUCGGUCAUUUUUUAUCCCAUACUUGUGGCAGCAGAAGAAUGUCUUCGGCAUGUACAAACUACUGAGAAGGGUAUCACAACCAAAAUGAUAAAUGACAUGAUAGUUAUUUCUUCGGUUUUAGUGUUUUUUCUUUUGAGUUUCCUGACUAUUAAUUGCUUAGAACUGUAUUUUCCCUUUUUCUGUUUGUUCCUAGCGUAUGCUCCUCCAGGGAAAAAAACACAACAAAAGGAGAAGUUAAAACUCUUAACACACAUUGACCACAUUUUUGGACGUUUUUAUAGUCGUGCACUCGUUUUUGCUUCAUAUAGGCUUUAUUCCGUGUUUGUGCUGA